AGCGGCGGGAACCCCGCGGACGCCCAGGGCAAGGCUUUCUCGGCGCUCCAGGUGGCCACCCCGCCGCCGCCCCGCGGCAGACCUGCCUGCGGCCGGGCCCGCGAUCGGCCAGGGCCCGCCCAGGCGGCUCCUGGGAGAUGCGGCGGUUGCCGCGAUGGCGGCUGCUGGCGGCGGGGGUGCUGUCCGAGCAGGGCCUGGCGGAGGGGCGGCUCCCCGUGCCGCCGCUGCGGGGCGCCGACCCGCUCAUGACCCAGGCGCUCUACGAUGCGGCCAGGGCCCAGAUGCCACCCUGCAUCUGGGACGAGCGCUUGUGGAGUGAAGAUCCACGCCGGGGUCCAGAGCACUGCUCCGAGCAGAUGCGGUGGGGAAUCGAGGCUUCAAUGAUCGAUAGCCUCAUUUGGUAUUACGGCAGGAUUGGACGCUCAAUGGUGGCCAUAGAACUUGGCUCUGGCUGGGGCUUGGGUGCGCUGGUCAUGUCCGUGCUGUUCAAGCAGGUUUACACUUUGUCCGUGAACCAAUCGGGCCCUGCCCAGGUGUGGGCGCCUUAUUGGCCGGACAAUGUCAUACCGUUGGAGCUAGAUCUAUACGGUGAUGACGACUGGGCAGGACUGCUGAGCCAUUCGAAGGCGGAGGUUGUCCGCAUAGACGCGAAGCAUACUUACGAGGCCGUGAUGGAGGACGUGCUCAACGCUCUGAGAAUCUGGAGUGCACACGGUGUUCCUCGACGAUUAUGGCCACUACAUCCAACGCGAUGUCUCUUUUUUUGUCUCAUGCGAGCAUUGGGUCAGUAG